ACGAAAAUGGCCGCUACGAGAAAGCCAUCCGAGGAUGCUGAUGACUACUGGGGUGAUUCCUCAGCAAGGAAAGGUCCAAGUAGGAGAAAUAUUUUUGACGAUGAUGUUAGUUUUGAAACUGCAAAGAAGAUUCUGACAACAUCAGAAACUAUUGAUGAUGAAGAUGAGGAGGAAUUUGACUUGGUCAACUGGCAGGGAGAUCCAGUGGUUAGAUAUAACAACCACAAAUCAGCUUCUAAUGCUCCUGAUCUCUCAAACCUGGCUGUUCCAAUUUCCUCCAAUGCUGCUCGAACCACCACACUCCCUCCCUCUGCACCAUCAGCUUCAUAUGGAAAAUAUGAUAAACCAGCCAGCAUGUCUCACAACCGAUCUCAGAGCCUUGGUGGAAAUGUUGUCCAGUUUGGGGUGAACAAGGUGCAAAUGAGUCGAGGGGUCAGUGAUCCAAGUAUAGAGGACGUUGUUAGAGACGCCUCAACACCGGGGAAAAAGCAGCCAACAUCAGCUUAUCUUGAUAAACUCCAGAAGGAAAUCAUCUUCCUGAGGAAAGAACUACAGAUUGCCAAGAGGGAGCGGUGGAAGAAGCAGCCAGUGGGUGAUACAAUCAGGAACAUGGUGCUUGGACAGGCCUACACGUUUGAGCUGUACAAGUCCAAAGAAGACAAGCUGGCUCUGCUAGACAAGGCCAUAGAGUCACACGACGGGAAUGCCAUUAUCGCUGUAAUUCUGUUUGUGAAGAAAACCAUUAAGGCAUCACUAUUCAACCUGGAAAUGAUGAGGCGCCCGGUCGCUAUCAACCAUUAUCUGUCCUACCUAAAGCAUCACUAUGACUACGCCCAGAUGGUCGACUUUCUUGGUAUGCUGGGGAGAUCAGAAGAAGCUUCGAUGUUUAAGUACAAAAUAGCCUGCCAGUCUAAAGAUCCUACAAUAAAAAUUGCGACCUUAAAGACAUGCUACAGAGCUCACUUCCAGCCUGAAGUCCAGUUGGGUCGCCAGGCAGCACUACUCCAGGAGCAGAUAGACCUGCUGGAGAGACAGAGGCCAGUUGAGGAAAAUGAUUCCCAUGCCGAAGCAACAGGUCAGGUCCAGAUUUUCCGCGACUUUCCCCGCCGAGCCACCCUGUUCGGUCAGCCAGUCACAACCACCCUGUACUACUUCUGUCUUUACCACUACGACCUUUCAGAGAAUUCUUUAGCCAGUCCACAAGCUUUGAAAGCCAGACACAAUAUCUCCGACAAGCAGUUUCUCCACUGUGCACUGGGAGCCAGGGCUAAGAUGAGACGAUGGAAGGAUAUAGAGGCGCUGCUGACUGCCAAAGGAUGGUUUGGAGGAACAAAGUUAAAGGCUGUGAUAGGCUUCGACAAGGUAUCCGAAAUCCUGCACAAGAACAAGGCUCCGCAUGAUGUUUUAGCAAAGUAUGUUGCCUUGAUAGAAGAUUUAGACCAAAGACUGACUAUUGCACACAAAGUGGAAUGCCCUAAAGCUGUGAUAGAUGCUCUGGUAGCGCUGAAGGACCGAGCACAGCUGGAGAAGUACUCCCAGACACUUAGAUCCCAUGAAGCUCUGUAUGCCCAGGAUGUUCUGCGGAGCUCGUCUGUCAAAUGGAAGUGAUCCAGCUCCAAGCCUGCCUAGUCUACAACCAAAUACACUCUACAGAAGUCUUUCUAGCAGAACGCUGAUGCAGUACACCUACUUCCCAUGGAGGUACACGACAAGAGAUUGGCCUCCAGAGAGUCAGGUUCAAGGAGUGGUUACUGAUUUGACUUAUACUGAAGUUGUAUGUUAUAGAAUAUGUGCCUGUGAUUCAGAUAGUUGUUAAUGAGGAAUUCAUAGUAACAUCAAAUCAUGAGAUCUCACAAAGCUGUUUGAAUGAUAUGUUGUUUUGAUUCCACCCCUAAACAUGCUCAAAGAAAACAAAUGGCAUAAUUUGUAGAGAAGUCAACAUUCUUUUUCAUAAAUAUGAAUAAAAUCAAAAUGACAAAUAUUGAAAUGAAAACUAAUGUUUAUAUGACGUAUAUCAACAAACAAAGAAUGUGUUAAUGCUGUCAUAGUCAUAAUCAUCUAAAUAUUUCCUUAUGAGAAUAAUUUGUUAUGUUUCUGUACCUGUAACCAUAGGAAGUUUCUGUUUUUCAUAACCUGCCUUCCCCUAAAUUUUAGCCCACACCUUUAAUAUAUUUAUUGGGAUUUUAUGCACUCUAAGGAAACAACUUUUUCAACUCAAAUUUUAUUUUUCAUCUAUUUCCACGCAACAUACAAUUCAGAGUGAGGUUUGUAGGGAAACUCAGGCAUAGUCGCCAUUGCCUCAAGCCAGUUUCUUUGUUUUGCAAGCCAUCACAAAGCCGAAGAGAGCGUAGCCAAAUGGCUCUUUCACAUAGAAUCAAGUCUACUUUUAUGGAUUUGUGGAUAAAAUCCUGCCUCCCUAAAGUUUGUUUAUGCCCAGUAAUGCCUCAUACAAUAUCAUGACUUCAUAUUUACAAGGUCAGAAGUUACCAACAUGUAGCUGAAGUCUGAUUCUGCUUAUAUUUAUGUUUCUUUGUUUCAUUUUGAACUUUCUCCUUGAUAAUGUUCAUAAAUCAUGUUUAUCCAUGGUUGCCAUGGUGACUUAUUUGGUAAUCAGUUGUCACAAUACCAUGAAUCAGUGUGUAAACAUUUUUACAAAGGAAGGUAAUGUGUGGUAUUCACUAUGCACCCCACUAGUAACAGUAAUCUGUUGAGUUUAGGACCAUGUGCAAUGAUAUAUUGAGCAUUGUCUGCUAUGUAUGUAUACAAUGUAUAAUAUUUAUAUAAAACCUGUGUUUGGCUAACAUCACAGAAUAUGGAAAAUGUACUAGAUAUGAUAUUUGGAAUUUGGAAAUUGUUAUAAUGUUAUAUUCAUACACAUUCCAAAAUUUUGAAUUGGCAUAAUCUAUUUGUGAAAAGAAUUUAAAAACAAUCUUCAAAUCCACCACAUCCAUGAAAUGAAUUGAUAAGAAGGUGAACCAAGGGUCUUGACUCGCCUUCAAGCUAAGCUAACUUACAGUGUUUCCAGGAAACACAGCUUGAAUAAUCUGCUACUUGAACCACUAGUCCAAAGCCCAAGUCUAGUAAAAGUUUGUUGGUCUUGUAAGCUCAGUAAAUGAAAAUCUUUGUAUUAUCAUGAGACAAUGAUUCCAAAAGACAAUUUGGGGCUGGUGGACUCAGGCGUUCUUGUGAAAUCAAGAAGGGCUCAGUUUGUCAUCAAUAAGAAUUUAAAGCAGUAUCCUUAGUGAAAAAAAGUGAUAAAAUCACAAAAAUAUUUUCUUGUGUAUCCAUAUCAAAUUUGAGGCUAAUUAUGUGAUAAUAAUUUGUACUGUUGUGUCACUUGCUCUUUCUCAGUUUCCUGAGUUCUGCCUUGGAUUGAUGAAAGUCAAAUAUUAAUGCUAAAUAAUAAUCAAUUUUUCAUUUGGUUAUUACCAGCUGUGAGCAGUGAUGUCAUUUGGAAUGUCUAUAUGUGUUGGUUAAAUGCUGUGUUGACUGACACCUAGAUAGCAUAGAUACUCAGGUCUUCAUGCACCUCGAAGUGAGGCUGUGGACCUUCCUGACUCGCUUUGUCACCCUCUCUCAUCAACACUGGACAAAUGGAAAAUUAUUGAUUUGAUUUGAUCUUGAUAAUAUCUUAAUAAAAUCUUAAUAAAAAGAUAAAACUUACCAUAAAAACUAUGUAGGUAAUAACAGCCCCAUCUGCGCCAGUUGCUGAGAGGAGUUUUGCAUUGUAGUAAGUUUGAACGUCCACUGUGAUGUAUUAGCGCCCUGGCUCUCUAAGAGAGGAAGGGACAGUGUUGGUCUGUGAGUUUGGCACUACGAUUCCCAGACUGAGCAUGAGCAGGGAGCCUAAGUGCUUCUAUAAACAAACAUAUUCUUGGGGUUCAGAACUAGUUUGGAGUUUCUGGGAUUAACAGACAGACAAGUUUAUUCAAUAGAAGGCCAGAGCCCCAUAAUGUACACAUAAAACAGGCAUUGCAUAGGGCACAGUAUUUUACAUCAUUUAAUUUCUGAGCUUAGUAUAAAAAAAAUAUUCACAGAAAAAUAUAAAAAGUUUGAAAAAGAUUUACUAAAAACAUGUACUAUCAUAUGGAGUUAUUACUAGCUGUUCGAUAACAAUGUCAACUAAAAACAAUUAAUCACUUGGCUUUCUGGUCAAAGACCAAGAAGCUUUCUUCUUAGAUAAAAAUGAUACAUAAUAUACCACUGUAUUACUUAUUCAAAAUAUAGAUAUGAUAACUAAAACAUAAUUAACAUUACAUUGAAUAUUGAUGAUUAAAACAUUUUUUUCCAA